UCUCUAGGCGACACCCACUGAACGACGAUAGCCACUUCCGCCCACCACCUCCACUGAACGCCACCCACGGCACACCACCGGUGGCGACGCCCACGCCCACUCCCACCCACUGCACCAGGUCGGAGACGCCCACCCACCACAGCGACACGUCUGCGACUCCGGCGACGCCACCCACCACCACGAAGGUCGAACGCCAACCAUCCGGCCUAUCUGAUUUUCCUUGGGUAGUUUUUUUCAUGGAUUCUAUUUUGAUUAUAAGGAGAGAUAUGGAAAUGGUUGUGGGAAAGUUUCAAUCUUUUUCAAUUUUAUGUAGUUUUUUGGUUGUUGGUGGUGAUGGGCAGUAAGAGCAAUGGUUCACUCUAUAAUGUGAUUAAGUUGGUGGAUGCUUCUUAAAUUAUUUCGGUGGCACGCUUCCCAUGUCUAAUCAGCUGAGAGUUUAAGACGACGUCGUUGACGUCUAUUCUUUCUUCCCUAAAUGAUAAGAGAAGCCAUUGGUUCACUGUUGCACCGCUGCUCAAAAAUCAAGGCGUUCCGACACGGUCUUCCCCUUCAUGCUGCCGCCCUGAAAACAGGCUUCGAAUCAGAUAUCAUCAUCGCCAAUCACACCCUCAACAUGUAUGCCAAGUGUGGCAGCAUUACUUCAGCCCGCCGUGUGUUUGAUGAAAUGUCUGAAAGAAACCUUGUCUCCUGGUCUGCUAUGAUUUCCGGCUGUGACCAGGUCGGAGAGCAUACAAUAGCACUGGACCUAUUUUCUAAAAUGCGGCUUGUGCCCAACGAAUACAUUUUCGCCAGUGUUAUCAGUGCAUGUGCCAGCCUCGUUGCACUGUUAGAGGGGCAGCAAAUUCAUGCUCAAUCACUGAAGUCUGGCUAUGCAUAUGCCUCAUAUGUUUCUAACUCGCUUAUCUCCAUGUAUAUGAAAUGUGGUCGAUGUAGUGAUGCCUUGUCAGUCUAUAAUAGUACAUCAGAACCAAAUUCUGUCUCAUAUAAUGCUCUCAUUGCUGGGUUUGUAGAAAAUCAGCUGCUUGAAAAAGGGUUUGAAGUGUUCAAACUUAUGCUCCAACAGGGUUUUGUGCCAGAUCGUUUUUCUUUCGUGGAAGCCUUGGAGAUUUGCACUGAUUCGGAUGAUCUGCUAACAGGAACAGUAUUGCAUGCACAAACAAUCAAGCUUGAACUUGACUCUAUGCCUUUUAUUGGCAAUGUAAUAAUAUUAAUGUACUCGAGAUUCAAUUUGAUAAAUGAAGCGGAGAAAGUCUUCAGAUUAAUUAAAGAGAAAGAUGUCAUUUCAUGGAACUCCUUUAUAGCUGCCUGUUCUCAUUGUGUUGAUCACGCAAAAGGGUUAAGUGUUUUCAAAGAAAUGGCAAAUGGUUAUGGUGUAAGGCCUGAUGACUUCACUUUUGCCAGUGUACUUGCUGCUUGUGCUGGUCUUGCUUCAAUUCGUCAUGGCAAGCAGAUUCAUGCUAAUCUAAUCAGAACAAUGUUAUAUCAAGAUGUGGGAGUUGGUAAUGCUCUAGUGAACAUGUACGCGAAAUGUGGUUCGGUCGAAUAUGCAUAUAAUGUAUUUAACAAAAUGCUCUGUCACAAUACCUUUUCAUGGAACACAAUGAUUGCUGGAUUUGCGAAUCAUGGGCUUGGAGGACGAGCAAUAGACCUUUUUGAGGAGAUGAAGGCAAUGGGGUUAAAGCCAGAUUCUGUUACGUUCGUUGGACUUUUAAUGGCUUGCAAUCAUGCAGGCCUUGUGGACAAGGGAAAAGUUCUUUUUAAUUUAAUGGAAGAAACUUAUGGGAUUACUCCUAAUAUACAACAUUUCUCAUGUCUUAUUGAUAUGUUGGGACGGGCUGGGAGAUUAACUGAGGCAGAAGAGUACAUCAAGAAAUUUCUUUUUGGGCAUGAUCCAGUUGUCUUAGGGAGUUUGCUUUCAGCAUGUCGCCUGCACGGGGAUGUUGUAAUUGGGGAGCGGUUGGCUCGGCAGCUUCUAAAGAUUCAGCCCAUGACUAGUUCACCAUAUGUUCUACUGGCAAACUUGUAUGCGUCGGAUGAGAUGUGGGGUGAUGUUGCAGAGGCAAGGUAUAUGUUGAAGGGUAGUCAGUUGAGGAAGGCACCUGGCCAUAGUCUGAUUGAAGUGAAGGGAAAUUUUGAAAAAUUUACGAUAGGGGAUUUUUCUCAUUCAAGGAUAGAUGGGAUAAAGGACAUUCUGAGAACUUUAAAUUGGGCAGUGCGUGAAGUUUCUUUAGUCAUUUAACAUCCUCCUUUUUCAAAGAGUUAGCCUUUGUCUGCUGCAAUGGUGAAGUCCUGAAGUGCCAAGCAAAGUGCAUGGAUUUCAUUCUUGAGAGCGAUCACUUCAUGCUUAAAUACUGAAGGGUACAACCGUGUCCAAGUCAUCCAUCCUGGGACACAACUUAGGGUAGGACGAGUACUGGGAACCAUCUUUUGGUCAUAUGAAAAGCCGAGCUUCAGAUGCUGUUUGCUUUAUUUCCAUGGACCUGCAAUUGCUUGUGAGAAAAAUGUUUGAGAUUGAUAUAACUUGUGAAGGCUGAAUUGAAUGGAACGUGAGGAAGACCUAACUGCUUUCAUUUAAAUGCAUUGACAGAAUGAUCUGGGAAGACUGCAAUGCUUCUUAUUUGAUCUUUACUUGGGCGGUUGGAUAUUUCUAUUCCGUACAUACUGGUAGAGACGAAGUAAUAAAUUGGGGUUUAUUAGGACCAAUGCUGCGAGCUUCCGGAAUACAAUGGGAUCUUUGUAAAGUUGAUCAUUAUGAGUGUUACGACGAAUUGGAUUGGGAAGUCCAAUGGCAAAAAGAAGGGGAUUCAUUAGCUCGUUAUUUAGUCGGAAUGGGUGAAAUGACAGAAUCCAUAAAAAUUAUUCAACAGGCUCUAGAAGGAAUGCCUGGGGGGCCACGUUGAUAGAGAAAGGUAUCCAGAAUGGCAUGAUGGAUUCAUGUCCUCAAGGUGUUACUGUUCACUUAUGGUGCAGCAGCUUCAUAUUGAAAAGAAAUCUAUCACAUUACAUGUAAUUUAGAACCCUUUGAAACAUGAACAAUGAUGUCUGGAUUGUCAGGCUUCCCUUUUUCGCUGCAUCUUGGAUUUCCUCUUAUUAUGACAUGGAAACAUGGGCCAGGUAAACGGAUUGUCAGGCUUCCCUUUUCCCCUGCAUGAUAGAUUGCCUUCCAUUAUUACAUGGAAACCUGGGGCAUGUUUGCAGCACCAGUGACUCUUGUGGGAAUAUAGUGUCUUUGGUAGUGCGAUUUCACAAACAAAAGGUGCGAUUCUUGUUAGAAUAUAUUUCUAUAUAUUUGUGAUUACAAUCAAAACAAAAGGUGCGAUUCUUGUUAGAAUAUAUUUCCAUCUAUGUGACUACAAUCAAAUCGUUGCAAUUGCAAAUCGAAUCCUUGUGAUUUGAUUACCUUAUUUGUAUAAGUAGGGAUGAUUUGUACUGUAAAAUCUAUCAAUUGAAUAAAAGCAUAAUGUAGCCCUUAGGGCUUUAUUAGUGGA